AUGGAUGUUAAGAAUGCUUUUUUGCAUGGUGAUUUACAGGAAACAGUGUACAUGAAAAUGCCACCUGGCUAUACACAUGCAGGAGGACGGAUCAAGGUCUUGAGUGAGGGGGAGAAAGUUGAGAAGCCAAAGAAUGAGAAAAUCGUAUGCAAACUCAAGAAGUCACUCUACGGUUUAAAACAGGCCCCUAGGCAAUGGUUUGCCAAGCUAAGAUCAGCCCUCAUAAGCAACAACUUCACUCAGUCAAGAUCCGAUUAUUCUCUCUUCACAAAGAAGGAAGGGCAUUCCUUCACAUGCAUCCUAGUCUAUGUUGAUGAUCUAAUUGUCACGGGAAAUGAUAUGAAGUCUAUAACUGAAGCUAAAGCUUUUCUGUCAUCUCAAUUCUACAUGAAAGACACGGGAGAGCUUCGAUACUUCCUAGGCAUUGAAGUUGACAGAAACAAUCAAGGAAUUUUUUUAUGCCAAAAGAAAUAUGUGAUGGACUUACUUGCUGAAUAUGGUCUGAAUGGUUGUAAACCAUUAAAGCUUCCCAUGGAUAGCCAUCUCAAACUCACCCCUGAUGGGGGUGAUGUUCUCACCAAUGCAGAACCAUAUCAAAAAUUGGUUGGGAAACUCAUCUACUUAACCAUCACAAGGCCGGAUAUAGCAUUCACAGUCCAUGUGUUAAGUAAAUUCAUGCACAAACCCACAAAUGUGCAUAUGCAAGCUGCCAUUAGAGUACUUAGGUACCUAUCCGGGUCUCAAUCCCAAGGAAUUCUACUUGCCUCAAAGUCUUAUGCUCGUCUUCAAGCCUACUGUGACAGUGAUUGGGCCUGCUGUCCAUCCACAAGGAGGUCUACUUCUGGGUAUUGUAUUCUCCUAGGUGACUCCCCUAUCUCCUGGAAGUCUAAAAGACAAGCAGUGGUAUCUAGAUCCUCAGCUGAGGCAGAGUACAGGUCUAUGGCACUAACAGUAUGUGAAGUAAUAUGGCUGAAACAGCUACUGAAAGACCUAAGUCUCACUCAUCUAGGCACUACUCUUAUACACUGUGAUAAUCAAGCUGCCCUGGCAAUGGCUGCAAACCCUGUGCACCAUGAGAGAACUAAACAUGUUGACAUUGACUGCCAUUUCAUUAGAGACAAAGCUACCGAAGGGGUCAUCAAACCCACCUACAUCAGCACCACAGAACAACUUACAGAUGUGUUUACCAAGCUGCUACCAACCAAACAGCAACGACACCUCUUAUCCAAGCUGGGAGUUUGCUCCUCUGCACUCUCAGCUUGA